AGCAACUUUGACUGGAGUUAGUUUCGGUUAGCAGUUCAUCGGUGUCGUAUGGGAAAAGUUUUGUGGGAAAUCUGUUCGUGUUGAUCAACUGGCAGUUUCUUAGGCACAUUCUAGUGGAUGUUCGACAUUAGUUCGUGGGAGAUAUGUGAUUUGAAAACGAAGAUGGAUUCCAGAACUGUUUUGGCGUUCUGCAUAAUACACGUGAUAACGGUCGGAGUCAUUUCACAAAUAAGUGACCUCAGAUAUACCGAGACAACCAAUGAUAACUUGGGCGAUGCCAUUCAGUUCCUGCGUGACUUCGAUCGGGAGGCUGCUGAAAUGUGCAAUCGUGUUGCCAGUAGUGAGUGGAAGUACGCCAUCAACUCAACCGAGUUCAACAAGCGUCGUAUGCGAGAACAGCAGAGCCUCGCCUCGAAGUUCGAAUGCCUUAGCUGGAGACGGGCGGCCACGUUUGAUUCAUCCACCAUUGUGGAUUCCGGCAUACGGCGCCAGUUGGGCCGUAUUGUCCAACCUGGUCGAUGUGGUUUGGGCGAGGACAAGUACGCUGAGUUGGUACAUGUCAUAUCGUUGAUGAAGGACAACUACAACAAUGCGAAGGUGUGUCCAUACCAUGGGCCUCAUGCAACCGCUGUGGGGACCGAUAGUUACAAGAGCUCAAACUACGUAACCGGAUAUACGGCAUAUUGCGACUUAAAGCUGGAACCUGAUGUUGCCCAGAUAAUGGAAUCGAGCCGGGUUGAACCUGAACUGAGAUACUACUGGACAGCCUGGCGUGAGAAAACUGGUCCACCGGUGAAGAAUACGUUCAUGAGAUAUUUGGAUCUGGCGAAUCAAGCUGCCGAGCGACAUGGAUUUAGCGAUGCUGGAGAACAGAUGCGCUCGGUUUAUGACGAUAGCGACUUCUUCUUUACCGUUAAUGAUCUUUGGACCAGAGUUCAACCGCUCUAUAAACAGUUGGUAACGUUCGUUAGGAAAGGUCUUGUGCGGCAAUAUGGUGAACACGUGGUGCGUAGCGACGGACCACUUCCGGCACAUUUGUUGGGAAAUAUGUGGGCUCAAAAUUGGCGUAACGUUUUGGAUAUAGUUAGACCUGGUCCAUCCGAGACGCCGGACGUCACGGGAGAACUCGUGCGGCAGGGGUAUACGCCCUUGAAGAUGUUCCAAACUGCAGAGGAAUUCUUCACAUCUAUUGGACUACCACCCAUGGCUCCGGAGUUCUGGCGUAAUUCAAUGCUGCAAAAGGCGAAUGAAAUGUUUGGUCAUUGUACGGCAUCGGCUUGGGACUUCUGCAAUAAGGUCGACUUUCGCAUUAAACAGUGCACACAGGUUAACCUGGAGGACUUCGUCAACGCUCAUCAUGAAAUGACUCACGUGCAAUAUUAUAUGCAAUAUACCAAUCAACCGUUUCUGUAUCGCGAGGGACCGAAUCCAGCAUUCCAUGAAGCCCUUGCAAAUGCAGUCAGCUUGUCGGUAGGAGGUCCCAAUCACCUACAAAAGCUAGGAUUACUGAACACACAAGUAUCUGUUCUGAAUGGUAAUACCAUGGUCAACAUUGAAUACCUUUUGAAUGUGGCUUUGGAUAAGCUACCGUUCAUGGCUUUUAGUUUGGCAUUAGAGAAGUGGCGUUGGUACGUAUUCGAGAAGGGUCCAAUGGGUAUGAACGCUCGCUGGUGGGAACUUCGUCUAAGGUAUCAAGGUAUCAUUCCUCCCGUGGGCCGUGGUUUCGAACAUUUCGACGCUGGAGCAAAGUAUCACGUCGUUUCCGAUCAGGACUACAUCAAGUAUUUCGUCGCAACCGUGCUUCAGUUUCAGGUCUUUUCGGAGUUGUGCCAGGCAUCGCACCAUGUCGGUCCGUUGCACACGUGUGACUUCUACCGGUCGCGGGAAGCCGGCAGAAUAUUGAGUGACGUGAUGCAGCAAGGGGCUUCUCUCACAUCGACACAGUUGAUGAAGCUUUUGACAAGGGGUAAAACGUCUCGUCUCUCUGUGGAACCGCUGUUGGACUUUUUCAGACCCCUGGAAGCAUGGUUGGAGCUGCAAAAUAGAGGCGAACCGAUAAUUGGAUGGAGUUCCAGAAUGGAAGACAUUGCCUUGUUCCAGCCGUUGGUGGACCGUAACGGAAGAAGCUCUGCUGGAAGAAUUACUACUAAUACAUACAUCAGUAUGGCAAUUUUAUUGUAUGUGUAUUAUACUUUUUAAAGCGUUUGGUGAAUGAUUUUGUAAAUACACAACUUUUUAAUGUA